AUGUCCAGUCUGCAAUCCUCGCACUAUCACUUGGGCAUCACUUGCGCGACGAAUGGGAAAGAUAGAAAACUCCUCAUUCUCGGUGUUCCAGGAAAGCAAAAGAUGUCAAGAGUCAGAGAAAAGGCGCUCCAUCUUUGGAGGUCCAUCUGUGAGACUCCUCCUCUGGCUCCAUACAGCUGGUCCACGGAGUAUUGGGUGUCGGAUUCUGUCGUUAUUGAUGCCAGAUCAAUCGAGGGCACAGAUUUGAUGGACGAAGCAAUACGGACAGGACGAAGCGCCGCCAAGGCAUACGUCUGCAUUGGCCUUCCAGCAAUCACCUCCGGCCCCCUGUUCAAUACCCUGGUGUCCACAUGCAACGUGAAGGCAGCCUGCUUCAAUCUUGCCAUAGGGUAUAUCUGGAUGGCUGCUGCUGUUGACCCAACGAGGCUUGAAGUUGAAGGUGAAGACGGUUCUGGAUUUUUUAGCAAUUUCUUUCUCUCGAUGAUCAAUGAUGAGACUCAAGGGUCAAGGUUGGUGGAGGCAAAGCUUCAGUUCUGGCUCGAAGGCAGUUCUCGGAUGAGGGCUUCUGUUCUUGUCGAGCUAUUGGAGAUGAGAGACAUCCGCAUCACGUCAACUCACAGGCCCACCGCCCGCUCAUGA